AAAAAAAAGAUAGAGAUAGAGAUUAAUGCAUGUGAUUUACAUAAAUUAACAAGUGUGGAUUGUCGAAGCGAAAUAGGAGAGAAAGAGAAACAGAAGAAGAAAUAUACAUAGACAAAUCAAUUGAAGUGUUCUAACUGUUCUUGGAACUUUUUUUUUACGGUUAAUCAAUAAGCGUUAAUGCAUAAAGUUGCAUAAAUAAAGAUCAAAAAUAAUAUGACGAUGCUCCACGUACAUCACUGGCCAUUAAUCCUAGCCAUUAUUUGCGGCAUCUGCAUGGCCGCCUCAUCGACAUCGUUUUUCACCGCAUCGGCAUCCUUCUCCUCAUCCAUACCUGGCAAAUAUCACCAACCCAAGCGACUGAGAGCCACUAAUGCCAGCCAGAAUUCCUCCUCACCAUCCACGCCUUCGCUAGAUAAACCUGUAUUCCGGCAAAAUCCGAUCAAGAAUUGGUUUGGUAGUGCCUUCAAUCGCAAUAAUUCGCCACCGGCUGAAGAUCAACUUACAACGUGUUCCUGCAGGUGCGGCGAACGAAACGACGAGUCCCGUAUUGUUGGAGGAACGACCACUGGGGUCAGCGAAUACCCUUGGAUGGCUCGACUCUCCUAUUUUAAUAGGUUUUAUUGUGGCGGUACUCUGAUUAACGAUCGCUACGUGCUAACAGCAGCCCAUUGCGUUAAGGGAUUCAUGUGGUUUAUGAUCAAGGUGACAUUUGGCGAGCACGAUCGCUGCAACGACAAGGAGCGGCCUGAGACUCGCUUUGUGCUCCGUGCGUUUAGCCAAAAGUUCAGUUUCUCCAACUUUGACAAUGAUAUUGCCCUGCUGCGUCUGAACGAUCGGGUGCCGAUCACAAGUUUUAUUCGUCCCAUUUGUCUGCCCCGUAUGGAUCAGCGGAAUGAUCUUUUUGUUGGGGUCCGAGCCGUUGCUACUGGCUGGGGUACACUAAAGGAGGAUGGAAAGCCCUCCUGCCUUCUCCAGGAGGUGGAGGUGCCAGUUCUUGACAACGAUGAGUGUGUGGGCCAGACCAACUACACACAAAAAAUGAUCACCAAGAAUAUGAUGUGUUCUGGUUAUCCAGGUGUGGGGGGACGUGAUAGUUGCCAAGGCGACUCUGGAGGUCCACUUGUUCGUCUCCGUCCGGACGAUAAACGAUUCGAACAAAUUGGUAUCGUCUCCUGGGGCAACGGAUGUGCUCGUCCCAAUUAUCCUGGUGUCUAUACGCGAGUCACCAAAUAUUUGGACUGGAUUGUUGAAAACUCACGCGAUGGCUGCUUCUGCGAUGGGGACUACUGAUUUUCUAUUAGAUCGUACUCUUAAAUUUAUA